AACGUCAGUCGAUGCGCAGGAGCAACGCGAUAAGGCUGCGUGCUAUCAGCUCGCGACCUUAUGAAAACGCCUCUCACGCCCCGCUACUCAUAACUCCAUCCAUAUCUAUAUAGAACGGUGACAUAUAAAGUAGUUCCCGAGUUCCAUAGCUGCUGCAGGCAACUACGCAUCUGGCGACCAGAGAGCAUGGAGUCAAGACGCACCUAUGCACGGAAAGAAACGGCAGUUGUCGUCACUGUGGCGUUCACGCUCAUCGCCUCCUUGUCUGCGGCUUCAGGGCAAGAGAUCGAUGGAUGCGAUCCGAGCUCGGCAAAGAAGUGCUAUUUGAAGUAUCGAUUUGCGAUAUGGUGGGGCACCCGGGACGGUGUGUAUGAUGAAGAGGAGUUCAAAAGAGGCUGCAGCCGCAUCAAAGCAAAGAUCCCAUGCCACGAAUACCUGGCCGAUUGCCCUGAACCGGUGAACGGCGACUACCAAAUCCAGGAGAGAGGUUACGAGGCAAUGAGCAACAUUGUUUGCGAUAGUAAGAUUCUCAAAGACUUUCACGUCGGAUACCAUUGGCUGGAUCAGAAGAAGAUGGACGAAUGCGCAAAAGCGAUGUCGCCGGCAGCGGAUCCACGGAAUCCUCGCGUGAUAGUUGACAAUGAAGACUACUGCCGCCUACGCAACAUCGAGAUUGCCUGCUUCGAGCAAGCAUUGAACUCGUCCUGCCCGCUACCGUUGAAGACGGCCAAGACAGCGCUGACCAGAGUUCUAGAUGCCAUAUCACAACUCGCAGGCUGCCCGUCAUCUGCACACGCUGCCAUGGCUUCUAAGGGAUUUAUUGUUCUCCUGGUUACUCCCGUUAUCCUGAGUUGGUUGAGAACGUGACCAGCCAACUGAAGAACAAAAAAAAUGAGCUAAAUUCAGCGUUGGCCACGCCGCAGGUUUUCAAUGGCUCCCUGAGUUUCACCAUCUUUCCAGGAAGCCUGAAACCCGUAGGCCGUGCUGUUGUAGAGAUUCGGGGUAAGACGCAUAGGUUUGAAGCAGUUUCAACACUUCGAUCUGUCAGAUUCGUUCGAGCGAACAAGGCAAGGAGGCUGUCAUUCAUCAUUCGUAUCACAGAUUAAAAAUACUAUCAAAUCACCGCCAUACAAAGGACUAGCAUGAUAUGGACUCGAAUAUGCACGUUCCAUGUGGGAUCCAUGGCCGGCUGAAGCUGUGCAGUGGCUUAUAUCACAACCAUUACGUUAUCAUUUGCACAUAACACGAUCAUAUAUUUUCUUUUUUCUUUCUCCCUUGCUGCCCUCUUCCUCUUAGGGCCUUUCAGUCCUCAAUCAUCUUCCCUAUACAGAGUAGCACGUAGACGCCUUCAUGCGCCGGCAGAGUUCUCUGUUCUUCAAUAAAGAGCUUUCUCUCUCUCUCUCUCUCCGUGACGAACAUGUUCGAUUCUGUUGAGAACCGUGUAAGCAGUUACAUUCUCUUCUAUCAUUACCGCAAGUCCAGCGUCUCAGCCAUGAAAUCAACCUUCGGUUUAUGUGGGCUUGCUUUGCGACGCAAGUGUGGUCUUCCAUAUCUCUUUGAUAACAUUUAUUCCACUAACUACAUAUUUAAGGAAAAACUUGUGCUUCGUCCGUUACGCAUACCUCGUCACGCACUGACCAUCAGUUGAAGUUCACAAGUGCUGCUAAGUCGCUAGAGUGCCUAACUCAAUUUUUACAUCCUGCGCACCAGACUGAAUGGACUGCCUCUAGCACUGCUAUCAUUAACAUUGCCAUCUUCAAAAA